AGUCCUAGAUUUUAUCCUUGGUAUCUCCAUUUACUCUUUGCAUCUUCAGAGGAUAGGGCAGGGCUGUUAAUUCUUCAAGUCUUUUGUCAAUUGCUCAUAUGUAGUUUUUCUAGCUCCUGGAACAAAGCAGGUGCUCAGUAACUGUUGGAUGAAUGAAUGGAUGAAUGAAUGAAUGAGUGAGUGAAAUGAAUGAGACUAUCUAGUUGUAAUACCUGCUUUGCCACAAUGCAGGUUUGUGAUAUUGGGCAGUUAGCAAGCUACAAUUUUGUUAUCUGUAAAAUGGCACUAAUAAAAGUACCUAUCUUUUUGGACAGGAUUUAAAAGAAUAAAAAUUUAUAGCAUUUAGCAUAGAGCUAGUGGUAAAUUAAUGUUAGCUACUAUUAGCUCUACUGCACUUUGGGUGCUUAUCCAUAAAAUAGGGGCAAUAAUUUCUGCCCUGAUUCCCUCACAAGGUGAUUUGUGAAGCCAGCAGGAGUUAACAUCUGACUCUACAGAGGGUUGUUAGUGUUAAUGUUUUAAUUGGUCUUAAUCUGUAUCAUGCAGCCGCUCUCGCCCCCAUCCUCCAUCAGGAUUAUUUAAAUAAAAACGCCUCUUUAAAUUGACCCAGUACUCGGCUGGUCAGCCCUGCCGGGUUCAGCCAAUUGUACUCGAAACCACGCCCCAAUGCGAAGUCUAUUAGCCGCCCAGUUCAAUUUAAAAAUACCCAGGUCCGCCCCUCCGUGCUAGGGGAGCACACGCCCCAGCGGUGCCCGCUGAUUGGCCCCUGCUGGCCAAUCUCCACUGCGCUUCCUCCUGGGGCUGUAAUUUUCAAAAUUCGCUACUGGGCAGAUUGGAGCGAGCCCAGGCCAGGUUGAGAAGGACACAGGUCGCUACAACACGGAGCUCCGUUCAUUUCCCGGGCCUCUCCUGGUCUAGGAGUGCGUCCGUGAUCUUCAUGUUCUGCCCUCAAUCUCGGUGUGAGCCCUAUCUUGGAUAGACACUGCUGAACCUGUGAGAGAUGCCACUGCCUCUACCAUCCCGAAGCUCCAAACCUGAGACUAAGAAAUCACAGUCGAGCAAAAUUGUGCCCAGUGAUCAUGGCCAAUCUGAAAAGAGAGGGGAGAAUUAUCAAGCAAAGAUCUCUUCAUGUUCACCUAAGAGACGAUGCAAAAAGAGAUCAGCUUUUGAAGAUCUCACCAAUGCUUCUCAAAGUCAACCUGCCCAACUCAAGAAGGAAUCCAAUAAGGAGUUUGUUAAAGAUGUUUCCAAGAAGAUAAAAGGGAACACAGCUGCUCUUGGGUUGGCCAAAAACAAUGAGAUGAAUAAGGAAAGUUAUAAGCUGGAACCCUCACCAGUAGUAGUCUCUACUGCCUUGGUACCAAAUAUUAUGGAGAAACCACUCAUUCUGGAGAUACCUACCAUCUCUAAAACAACCACUACUGAGGAGGUAUCAUUUUUCAAAAAGCCAUUAAUUUUAAAAGAGGAACUCACCACUGAGAAUACAAGCCUUUUCAAGAGGUCAUUAUCUUUAAAGAAGUCCACAAAUCAGGGGGAGGUAUCCCUCAUGGAGAAGCCACCAUCCUUACAGGAGGAAGCUGACAACACUGAUGAGUUUGUUGUAGAGCCAAUGACUUUUGGGAAGAAGCAUAAAACUGAGGAGGCAGCCAUCACCAAAGGAACAUUAUCUUUAAAGAAGAUGUGUACAUAUCAGGGGGAUUUGGCUUUGCAGGACAUCACUGUUGAAGGGGAUUCCUUCUUUAUGGAGCCAACAGACUUUAGAAAGAAGCCUAAAACAGAGGAGGCAACCCCCACCAAGAAGGUGUUAUCUUUAAGGAAGAAGAAGAAGUAUACCGCUCAGGGGAAGGUGUCCCAUAUGGAGAAACCACUAGUAUUUCAGAAGACCACCUCUGAAGAGGAGUCCCUCAUUAAGGAGCCACUGGCUUUCAAGAAGAAACCUACUAGCAAGGAGGCAACCUUCACCUUGAGGCCAUUAUCGUUAAAGAAUUGUACUAUUCAAGGGAAGUUGGCUCACUUGAAAAAGCCAUUAGAAUUGCAGAAGACCACCUCUGGAGAGAAGGCACUCAUUAAGGAGCCAUUGGAGUCUCUCUUCCAGGAGCCAUCUGCAUUGCAAGAGAAGCACACCACUGGUGGGGAGGUGGUCCUCUUGAAGAAGCCACAGGCAUUGGAGGAGGAGAAGGACGGUAAGGAUAAAUAUCUUAUGGAGCCAAUGUCCCUUAGGAAGAAACGUACUACCAAGGAGCCAAACCCCACCAAGAAACCAUUACCUGUAAAGAAGAAGUGUACCAUUCAGGGGAAGAUGUACCACUUGAAGAAGCCACUAGCAUUGCAAAAGAUCACCUCUGGAGAGAAGUCAUUCGUUAAGGAGCCACGGUCCCCUAAGAAGAAGGACACCACUGAGGAGUCGCUUUUCCAUGAGCCACCCACAUUGCAAGAGGAGCACACCACUCAGGAGGAGGUGUCCAUCUUGAAGAAGGCCUUGACCUUGCAAAAGACUCUAACUGAGGAGGAGUCACUUUUAAAGGAGCCUUUGGCUUUUAAGAAGAAACGUACCAUUGAGGAGGCAACCCCCACCAAGAUGCUAUUAUCUUUAAAGAAGAAAAAGUGUAUUAGUCAGGGCAAGGUGUCCUGCUUGAAGAAGCCACUAGUAUUGCAGGCCACCUCUGGAGAGAAGUUGUCCUUUAAAAAGAAGUCUACCACCGAGGAGGAGUCUCUCUUCAAGGAAUCACCUAUGUUGCAAGAGAAGCAUACCACACAUGGGGAGGUGGCUCUUUUGAAGAAGCCAGGGGCAUUGCAGGAGAAUGUUGAUGGUGAAGAUGAAUUUCUUAUGGAACCAGUUCCCUUUAGGAAGAAACAUACCACAGAUGAGGCAGUCUCUACCAAGGAGCCUUUAUCUUUAAAGAAGAAAAAGUGUGCCUCUCAAUUAAUGAUGUCCAUCUGCCAAGAACUGUUGGACUUUCAGAAUAUGAUUAGCAAAGAUAAGGAGUCCUUGUCACUUAGGAAUAAGUCUUCAACUGAGGAGGAAAUCCUUACCAAGACACCGUUAUCUUUAAAGAAAAAGCAAUUCAUGCAAGGGAAGAUGUUCCUCUUAAAGAAGCCGCUGGUCUCAGAGAAGACCACCUCUGAAGAAGAGUCACUCUUUAAGAAGCUAUUGCCCUUUAAUAGAAAGUCUAUAACUGAAAAGGAGUUCCUCUUCCAGGAUCCACCUGUAUUGAAAGAGAAGCACACCACUCUGCAGGAGGUGUCCCUCUCAACUAAGCCAUUGGCCUUGCCAGAAAAGACCACCACUGAAGAAGAAUCGUAUAUUAAGGAACCAGUGACCUUAGAGGAGAAACCUACUACUGAGGAGGAAUUCCUUUCUCAGGAGCCAUUUUCAUUGCAUGUUAAACCUACCAGCAAAGAUGAGUCCCUCUUCUGGAAGGCUUUGGGCUUGCAGAAGAAGACUGAUACCAAAGAGGAUUCUUUGAAGAAGCUGUUGGCUUUGCAGGAGAAGUGCACUACUGAAGAGGAAUCCCUUUUAAAUAAACCAUUGGUUUUGCAGGAGGAGCUCUCCACCGAGGUGGCAACAAGCAUUGAGAAGCAAUUAUCUUUAAAGAAGAAACCCAUUGCUCAGGGAAAAGUGUUCCUCUUGAAGAAGCAUUUGGCCUUGCAAGAGAAUAUCACCAAUGAAGAGUCCUUUAUUAAGCAACCACUGGCUUUUCAGAAGCCCAGCAUUGAGGGGACCAUCCCAAGGGAGUCCUUGGCCUUGCAAGAGAAUCCCACAGUUGAAGAAGAAGCUACCCUGAGGGGGCCCUUGGCCUUGCAGGAGAAGCCCAGCAGGGAGAAGGAGACCUUCUUCAAGGAGCCAUUGUCCUUUCAGGAGAAACCUACCCUCAACAAGAUAUUCCAUGUCAAGGAGACAUUUGCCUUGAAUGAGAAACCCACCACUGGGAAGGAGUUGUCCCUGAAGGAGCCAUUGGCCUUGCAAGAGAAUCCCACCCAAAAGGAAGAUAACUCUCUCAAAGAUUUCUUGAUCCUCCAAGUUGAAACCAGCUCAUAUGUGUCCAGCACUGCCCCUGAACCCAGAACAGGCCUGUCCAGUGUGGGCAAGUUCAAUAUCACAAGCAAGUCCAGUGCUUGUGAAUCCAGUUCCAAUAAACCUUCCUCAUCUUGGGGCAAGAGGUCACAGAAGGAGCAGGUAGCCCCAUUGGAGGAUAUUGACAAGAACCACAGUGAUCCAUUUUUCAACCCAAUAUAUGCCAAGGAUAUCUUCAGUUACAUGAAAGAGAGAGAGGAAAAGUUCAUACUUAAAAAAUACAUGAACAGGCAGACUGACAUCAGCAGUUGCAUGAGGGCCAUUCUUGUGGACUGGUUGGUAGAGGUGCAGAUGACCUUUGAGAUGAGUCACGAGACCCUGUACUUGGCAGUGAAACUGGUGGAUCAUUACCUUAUGGAGGUAGUAUGCAAGAGGGACAAGCUACAACUCCUUGGUUCCACUGCAUUUCUGAUUGCAGCAAAAUUUGAGGAGUCCUACCCACCUUGUGUGGAUGACUUCCUGUACAUCUGUGAUGAUAUUUAUCAGCGAGAUGAGAUGCUCACCAUGGAAAUCAGCAUCCUGCAAACUCUCAAAUUUGAUAUCAACAUUCCCAUCGCCUAUCAUUUCCUGCGCAGAUAUGCUAGGUGUCUCCGUGCCAACAUGAAGACACUGACUUUGUCCCGCUUCAUCUGUGAGAUGACUCUGCAGGAAUACGACUAUGUCCAGGAGAGGGCUUCCAAACUAGCUGCUGGCUCCUUCCUCCUGGCCCUCUAUAUGAAGAAGCUCGGACACUGGGCUCCUGCCCUGGAGUAUUACAGUGGCUACAAGACCUCUGAUCUUCACCCCUUGGUCAAGCAGCUAAACACCCUGCUGACAUUGCGUCCUUGCAACAAGCUCAAGACUGUGCAUUCCAAGUAUUCUCACCAGGUCUUCUUCGAAGUCACCAAAAUCCCCCCCUUGGACAUGUUGAAGCUAGAGAAGAUUUUGAACUACUGCUAAGUCUGAGGCUGAGGAGCCGGCACACUGGCAGCGGCCACCAGGGCCAGGCAGGCAUUGAAAUAAGCUGUUACUUAUUCUGUCUUUGAAUGUGUCUUUUGAUCACUUGUCUUUCUUUUUUACUCUUUUGUUUGUCUUUUCCCAAAUUGAUAGUGUUGUAAAUAUUUAACUUGUUAUGAAAGAAAAGAAAUUAUUAUAGUAUUUGAUUAGAAAUUUAAUAAAAAAUUGUUUGUUG